CAUUACCGCGUGUACGACCGAUUUUACCUACAGAGAACGGUCAACACAAAAACAGGCUGCGUCCUUUAACCCCACAUUACGGUCAUUACACAUCCACACGCGCCGCUGUCGCAGCAGAAGAUCCGGUGGUGUUGUGAUUUGGUGGAUUUCAGUUGAGUUGGGUCUGCAUCGGUACCUAUUCUUUCACGCGAUUCCGAAUUGUCUGGAAAUCCAUGUCAGUGCCAAUACUUGGAAGCGGUUCGACAUGCGGCCAUGUGUUGUCUGCCCGUCUUUUAGGCUGCAGUGUUAGCAUUAGUGCAGUGUAGGUAUGGUUAGCAGGACAGACAGAUAGCCUGCUCCAAAGGAAGAGAAGCAGUCAACUAAAGGAAGAGGCAGUCAACUGCAGGGUUUGGAUCUAAUUCGAUCUUAUUUGCGGUUCACUGGGAUGCAUCUCUCGAAGAAAUGUUCCGCUUUCAAAGUGGUGCUGAGUGCUCUGCUGAUCGUGGCGCUCCUGCAGCUCAUCUACCUGUCCUUUCUGUCCAAGUUCCACGGUAAGCAGCAGCGGUACCGGUACUCCGAACUCUUCGGCGGUUCUGCGGGCAAGAGAAACGCGCAACCUGAAAAGAACACUCGGAAAGAGCGUCUGAGGUACUCCCUAUCUACUGGUGGGAUCUUUGAUAGCAGCGGCCAAUACAGGGUCUACAAGAACUUGAUCAAAAGCGAUUUCACCACAAAUCAGAUAUCUGGCUCAGACCUAAACUCCAAUGUCCUGGUUUUAGCCACACACACUACUAUUAACAAUCUUCAUCACUUAGAAUCACUAUUGGAAAGGUGGCAGAACCCCCUGUCUGUUGCUAUAUUUGCCCACGGAGAUGAUGUAAAGUUUGCAACAGCUCUGGUCUAUGCUCUCAGCUUCUUCUGCCCUCACAUCCAAGGUCUGGUUGACUUCCACUUGGUCUGCCUGUCAGAGGAGAUGGCCAGUUUCCCCGAGCAGGACCACGAGCAUUUUGUUGGUCUGGAGGACUGUCCCUCUGUUUUCUCCAGACUGGAAACCCACAGAGACAAACACAAAAACUAUGACAUGAACGGAAACGUCUCCUACCCCAAUAACCUCCUUCGUAACAUCGCUCGGAGUGGCACAGAGUCCUCCUACAUCCUGGUCAUCGACAUUGACAUGAUGCCAAGCGCCGACCUGCACCAGCAGUUUCUCAACUUGGUCAUGAAGCGUCAACCCACAAGUGAUGAGGUGUUUGUGCUUCCAGCUUUUGAGAUUCGCCAUGCCAGGAAGAUUCCAGCCAACAAGGCGGAGUUGGUUCAACUCUACCAGGUCGGUGAAGUUCGUCCGUUUUACGAGGAGCUUUGUCCUCGCUGCCAAGCCCCCACGAAUUACUCCCAGUGGGUUAACAACCAUGUGAGGGGGAUAGGCACUCUGGAGGUUGCGUACACACUUACCUGGGUGGACCCUUGGGAGCCUUUCUACAUUGGACCUCGCACAGUGCCCCUCUAUAAUGAGAACUUCAAACAAUACGGCUUCAAUCGCAUUAGCCAGGCCUGUGAGCUCCAUGUGGCGGGAUACAAGUUUUCUGUACUGAGCUCUGCCUUCGUCGUUCACCGUGGCUUCAAGAUCCAGGGGGAGUUUCAUGCAAGGAAAGAUGAAGAAAACAAACAUAACCGGGUUCUGUUCCGGAGCUUCAAAGAGGGCCUGAAAACCAAAUACCCAUCCUCCACGCGACGAUGUUGAGAGAAAGACAAAAACUCGAUUUCCUGUGUUCUUUCAUAUGCACUGAAGCUCUCCCUGCUCAGCUUUCAAACGUCCCCAUUUUCUUGAGGAAUCUGAUGAUGCUACACAUUCGGGAGUUUUAAAUAGUAGGUUCAGGUCUUUGAAGAAGUGCAUCAAGCAAAUGCUGUCUUGGGACUGGGACUGAAACAGAGAAAUGAUCAUUCAGGAAGGGAAAAUGGAUUAAUUUAAAGGGAGAAUUUAUUAAUUUAUUAUGAUAGUGUACAAAGACUGCAUUUCAGUUUUGAAAUGACCUGGAAGUUUUCCAAUUCAGAAAAAGACGGGAGUAAAGAAAGCUUUUCAAUUUGUAAGGAAAAGGCUCAUGCCACUCAAACCUCAUACAAAACACUCAAAAACCUUUUCAAGUACCAACAUUUCACCAAUUAAAUGUAGCCUACACAUUUACAGUCUGACAUCCAGCUUUUGGCUCACUGUGUGAGAGCAGAGUGUAAAGCAGACCUGUCUGUUUUGUACCCUUUGGAUGUUUUUUCUUAAGUCAUUUAUAUAUAAAGUACACCACCAAUGAUGCUAUUUCCCUUAUCAGACAACAUCAGCAAGGCAAAUAUGCGUUGUGUUUAAAGUGAUGCGUAGCUGACAGACAGACGCAGCAAUAUCAAUAUGCAGAGGAGCUAAUAGUUUUAGGCACCAUCAUUUGACUGUGGGAUUAAAAAAAGUAUACAAAUGUCAUUACCUGACUAGUAUAAAUCAGUUUGGUUUUAAACUCAUGUAGUUUUACUUUAAAUAGCCACUAUGAUGAAAAUCUUGUUGUUGUUCUGUUUUUUCUUUUAACAUGUUUUGGUUACUUUUUUUUUAAAUGGAGCUUAAAGCAGUGACGUAGGUGCUACAGUCAGCGCCCUGCUCCACUCUAUUCUGCUGCAGACAAAUAGAUCCACGUACAUCUUUGUUUUCCUUGUCUAGGCUGGCAAUCUGGCUAAAAACUGUAUGGCUGGGUAUUGCAAAUAUUUCUCACCAUUAUAGUUGCACCAGUAAUUUUAGUUUGGGGUUGUUAGGGGCUGUAAGCUAGCUGGAGAGCAUGUAAACAGAUGGAUGACGGGACAUGGUGGCGGGCUCACUCUGCGCCAAUGUCACAAGUAAUAGUCCACUGGUAACCCUUUACAAUGGAUCAAAAGGUGAUCGGAGUGGGUCUUUAAAAAGAGGGCCUAGCUUGACUUUUUCUUAAGUUAUUUACUUAGUAAAAUUUCAUUUAAUGAUUUUUGUUUCAAGCCACAACUUGAGCCAGUUUGUCAUAUUUUAAAAAGUGACUAAGGUCUCCUGUUAAACAAAUGACACUGAUUUACUUUGACCACCAGAUGGCAAGAGCCACUCUAGUAACACAGAUAACACAGUGUGAGUGUUAUUUGUAUGCAAACUAAAUAUAUUCAUCUACAUUAGGAACAUUUUACAUAUAAACACAAUCAUAAACACUGAUAUGUGUUAACACUGGACAAUGUUAAAACACUUGAUAAUGGACUUUCUUGCUUGAUGUUUUUGUUACAGAUUAGACAUCAUUUGAAGCACAUGAGGGGACUGGCAGUUACUGGCAGAAACAUAGCAAAGUUAGUGAUUAUUUCAAUUAUUGUAAUCUUUCAAGAUUGUUUUUAAAGAGGUCGAUAUGGAAAUGGAAGCAUAUUUUUGGUUUUAGUCUUUACUUGCUGACUUCAUACCAGUUUUAAAACAUGAGUACCAGUCUUGUGUUUGUACACUACUUGUCAUGUAGGAAGGUCUUGCUUGAUCACUUUGUCAUGUUUAAUUUUAUGAAAAUAUUUUUUAUUCUAUUUUUUUUUGUGCACAAUGGUUAUUAAUUGUAAAAACAAUUUCUUUAACAAGAACUGGCUGGAUUUUCCCAUUUUUGUUUGUUUUUAUUGAACUCAGUAAAUUAAAGUUGUAGCAUGAAACUGUUACACAUCUAAGUUAAUUCCUUUUGUAUUUUCUUGAAAGUGAGAUCAGAUUUCAUGUUUACUUUUGUGAAUUAGUGGUGAGUUUCUCUUGUGUUUGUGUGCUUUCUAUGUGAUUUUUUUCUUUUUUUCAAGUCACAAAAUAUAAAUUGCCCCAAU